AUGCUAACCUUUAUCAAGAAUCAAAUCAUAAGGCAAUUCAGAAACAAACGGGUUCGUCGAUUAGCAGUAUCAUGGAGACAGUCUCGCGAACGCCGCCUUACUAGUCUUCCGAUCGUAACAUUUCCCCUUAUUUCUGAAACAAAUGUUUUCAAGGCUUUUGGUUUAUCCUGUGGCGCCGAUAUUAUUUUCUCUUGUUUUUGUUACGUCAUCAUCAAAUCUAAUCUUUCCUGCUGGUAGCCUUGUCAGACGGAUUAUAGAAAGCUACCCAACUGUUUGAGUUUUCUCUUGGAUGUGCGACAGGAUCAAAGGAUGUGAAAAGGUCUUUGUGGGAAGGAGAGUGUUCUAUUGUUUCGGGAAUGGUUAGCUCCUAUUUCCUUUUGGCCUACACCUCUCUAGCGGUCAUAACUAAUAUACUUGGACUGCGUCCAGGCAACAUCUUGAAUGGGAUUCGUUCCCUAACCUGAAAAUAAUCUGUUAUUUUUCUACUAUCUUGGCAUUUUACUGACGUUAGGUUUCUACUAAACACUACCAGAGCUGCCAAGAAAAUAAUCAUGAUUUGGUUUAUGAACCUGUUUCAAACUUUAUGAGGGAAGCCGUGAAGGAUCACAUAGAAAACAUAAACCUUGAUUCGGAGCAUGUUGUGAGGAUUAGCAGUUCGUUGAGCUUGUCCUCAAAUCAGGAACUCCUAACGGAGGCUGUUGCACCUGACAAGCUGAAGACAAAGCUUAGCCAGGUUGAAAGCCCCGAUGAUCUAGAGUAUUAUAUUGAUCCUAUGAUUUCGCUCAUUAAUCGCAAGCAUGAUUGUUAUGUUAGAGCAAAUCAGUUGCCAAGUAUAAACGGCAUCAAGAUUCACUUGAACUGAUGUCAGACCCGGUGAUAGGGGCAUCUGGCCAGACGUAUGAUCAGGGUUUCACUGUCUGACCCAAGACACGUCAAGCACUUGGGCAUGCAGAUUUGAUACCGAAUUACACUGUCGAGGCUUUGAUUGCUAAUUGGUGCGAAUCAAACAGCAUUAAGCUGCCAGAUCCUGAGAAGUCAAUGACUUUGAAACAGCCAUCUGGCUUCGUUGCUCAUGCAGAUAUAAACUCUGACGAUUGUAACACACCUAGAUUUGGUCAUCCAAAGAGUUUACACACUCAAUAUCGCCUGAACCAAAGCGAUCUGCUACGAGUUCCAACUCGAAUUCACAUUCAUCCACUUCACUGAGAACCAUGAAGAUGAUCAUGUCAAUGAGAGACCCGUCUCUCCUCAUCUGACCAAUGGGUUUGAUUCAACAAUUGGAAGGAUCUCGCAGGCAGGUUCUGAUGGCAAGGAGCCUAGUUUGGAGGAACAGAGGUCUUGUUCUCUUGGCCAUCUCCCCAAUCAAUCAAAGGCCGAGUGCUCUAAUGGCAGGAAAGAACUUCAGGGACACAACCGGACUUCAUCUGCCUCAAGUGCUGUUUCCAGCACUGAAUGCCUUCGAGGAGAAGAUGACAGGGUCUCACAGUCUUCAAGUGACAUGGCAAAUUGUGGUACUGAUGUCUCAGGGGAGAUGGCACAGGAAGCACCAGCUUCGUCCACUUCACAAAGAGAACAGGAAUCUCAAUCGAGGUUGCCAGAGCCCCGGUCCAGAAACCAAACUAUUUGGCGCCGUCCAUCUGAAAGGUUUGUUCCAAGGAUUGUCUCCUCGCCAUCCUUGGAUUCAAGGCCGGACCUAUCGGAAGUUGAAGCCGCAGUCCGUAGACUGAUUGAGGACUUGAAAAGCGAUUCGACGGAAAUGCAAAGAAGUGCGACACAUGAGUUGCGUCUCCUUGCUAAGCACAACAUGGAGAAUAGAAUCAUAAUCGCCAACUGUGGAGCAAUUAUCCACUUGGUUGGUCUGCUUCACUCGACUGACUCUAAAACCCAGGAGAAUGCAGUCACUGCCCUCCUGAAUUUGUCCAUCAAUGACAACAACAAGAUCGCAAUUGCUAAUGCCGAUGCCAUUGAUCCCCUCAGUCAGGUACUUGAGACGGGUAAUCCAGAAGCCAAAGAGAAUUCUGCAGCCACCAUCUUCAGCCUUUCAGUCAUUGAAGAAAAUAAGGUGAAGAUUGGACGCUCUGGUGCUAUCAAACCCCUCGUGGAACUAUUAGGAAAUGGAACUCCCCGUGGAAAGAAAGAUGCCGCCACUGCAUUGUUUAAUCUAUCGAUAUUUCAUGAGAACAAGGCAAGGAUCGUGCAGGCCGGGGCUGUUAGGCAUCUAGUAGAGCUGAUGGACCCGGCGGCCGGGAUGGUUGACAAGGCUGUUGCCGUUCUGGCGAACCUUACAACCAUUCAUGAAGGCAGGUUAGCCAUUGGCUAUGAAGGUGUGGCAUCCCAGCUCUUGUGGAAGUCGUCGAGCUGGGAUCUGCUAGAGGGAAAAAGAAUGCAGCUGCAGCUUUGCACUAAUAGCAACAAAUUUUGUACCCUGGUUCUCCAAGAAGGUCUCUGGCGCAGUCUGGGACACCCCGAGCAAGGGAAAAGGUUCGUCAAUGCCUUCUUUGCAUUAUUUUAUUAUUUUAUUUUCACCAAAUUUGCUCGCAUCUUGCAGAACCAUCCCUCCUCCCAUACUGGAGUUGAGUUGAAUAAUUUCACCAGCUUUCUUGUUGCUUGAUUUAAUAUAUAUUUAAUGCUUUGUCAUUCUCUCUGAAGACUUAUCGCUGUAUCUUCUGCUUUACUUUCCAUUUCAGAUGGCCAACGUUUUUUUUUUUUAAAUUAUUUACCUUGCAGGCGCAGCUACUUCUUACCCAUUUCAGAAACCAGAGACACGGUGGUGGUAGAUCAUGA